UUGCUACCGGAACCCAAGCGCGCGGCCCCGGUUCCCGGCCGGUUGCCCUUCCCCAGCGCUCCGCAGGCCGUUGCUAUGGCUCGGGGCCCGAGGCAGCGCGGGUGCCAGGCAUGGAGGAAGAGGACACGAGAGAUUACAGUGAACCUUGUGUACAGUGUUCUGUUGUAAACUGGGGUCUUACUGAUGAAGGCAGAUUUUAUUGCAAGUCUUGUCACAAUGUCAUAGAGAGGACUAAAGAGGUUUUAACUUCUGAUGUUAUUCCUAACACAAAGAUCCAGUCCAUCUCUAGAGGAUUUAGAAAGAGAAAAAAAAUUGAUAAAGGCUGGGAAUGGUAUGUUUGUGAAGGUUUUCAGUACAUACUGAAGAAGCAAGCUGAAGCUCUGCAAACUUUAGGAGUGUGUCCACAGAUGAAGGAUGAAAUUCUAUGCAAUUUUUGGAGACUUUACCUUCAGAAGAGCAAACAGGCAUAUUGCACCACACCAGCUAGUUAUACUAGCAAAGCAUUAUCCAUAUCUGACGUCAGUACAGAUGUGGAUAGUGAACCAGAGAGAAUAAGUAUUCAUGGCUUGUCAUCUUUCUCUGAAAGUGAUGGAGAUUUACAGACAGAAAGCAGCUUUGGACAUGUUUCUUCCAUUGGCAAAGCCUCAGCAAGAGAAACCACAUCUGUCUGUUCCGGAUCGAUAGAUGGUGAUUCGUAUUUACUUAAGAGGAAAAAAGGGAACUUGAGGAUGUCUAUGCCAAUGACACUUUCAUUCUGCUAUAUUGCAUUACUCUGGCUGAGAGAACCAGUGACAUUAUCAGAUCUCUUAAGGUUUGUUAUAGAUGGUCACAUUCCUUACUUGAAUGCUUUUCAGUAUUUUCCAGAAGAGAUGAAAUUGUAUGGAGCUGAUCUCAAGAUCUUUCGUGUAGAGUCUUGGCCUGUAUAUGAAGAUGUGCAUAACAAGAUGUCUGAACUUUCAGCGUUUUUAGAUUUGCCUUGUUUUCCAGCUAUAACUGAUAGCUGCUUUCUUCAUCCAAACAUCUUGUGCAUUAAAUAUCUGAUGGAAGCCAACUUACCUGAUGAAUUGCACAAUUGGACUUGCAGAGUGGUAAAAAAGAUCAAUGUUGGAGAAACAGACUUUCUGACACUUGAUCCUGUGAAUAAAUCAGCAAGGAAAGUAAAAUACGAUGUUCUUGCUGCAGCCAUCAUUAUAGUGGUGCUCAAAUUACUAUUUUUACUAGAUGAUCAGUAUGAAUGGUUACAUGCAAACUUUGCUGGAAAAAGAAAUCAAAAGAACAAAGAAGGCUGCCAGUGGUUUGAUUUCAAAAAGUGGUACAAGGUUAUAAAGAAGUCUGUGGAUGUGGAACAGAAGAAAUUAGAUGAAGAAAGAGCCAGGUGUAUGUGGAAAUGUGAAAAACCACUAUUCUACUCAGCCAAGGAAAAAUCUGUAGUUCUUAAGAAAAGACAAAUGGUAGUGAACUUACAAAGACAGUUUGGCACACUGUCUGGUUCAACUCAAGUUGCUGAAAAGCAAAGCCCUUCAAGUUUCCAGUUAAAUUGGGCUGAAGAAAACACAGAUGGUAAUUGUUUUCAUGGGCAUAUCCUAGAGGGAGUUUUGCAAGAAAAAGGCAAUUCACUUACAACCAUGAACACCAAGUAUUGGCUGUGUUCAGUUAAACUAUGUAAUGAGAAGAUAUGUGGGCAUCUGACACACUAUAAAGAAUCAGACUUUCCCCAGACCUACCAGUUUGUGUUAAACCUGUUCUCCUUCCUCCUAAGGGUACCAGCCUCUCUCAUCCAUGAAGAGGUGUGUUUAAUAGAACACAAACUGUUUAAAACAAAACUCCACAGAAAGUAACAC